AUGGAUGAUGCUUUGAAAGCAGAGAUUAAUGCAGUGAGAUGUGAUGAAGGGCUUCAGAUCAACAGAAAGUGUCAGGUCAUUUUGAGCAAGCUGCAAGCUGCAGGCUUGCUGUGGGAGCAGAAGGUGAUGCCUGUGCAGUUGCUGGUGCAUCCCAGCAACCGAUCUGGGGCCAUGCUCAACAGCUUUGACAUGCAUGCCAAAGGAGCCAUGGUUUUGACCAUGGGGUGCUUGGUGGACAAGCUGAGUGACUCCUUGGCUUUUGAAAUGGCAAAGGAGCCAGGCCAGAAGCAGACGCAACUGCAGGCAAACCUGGAGCUGGUAAGCGCGUCAGAGAACAAAAUUGCCCCAGUGCUCUCCACAGAAAGAUAUUUGACAGUGGCUUGCUCCCAUGUGGGCAUGUUUAUGAAAACAGUGGCAGCAGGCACUUGCAGCACAGAGCACGAAGAACUUGCCAGAGUGAACAAUGGCCUGCUGACCUUGGACAGUUUGCUUUCAAAGUAUGCAGACCCGGUCUUAGAAGCUUUGAUCAAGGAAGGCUGGACAUGGAAGGUGAUCAGCGCAGAAGUGGAAGAACACCUUGAGUGGCUCCCCGGGUUCUUGCAAGGCAGCUUGAACACUUCUCAACAGGUGGCAAGCACGCCCACGGAGAUGGAGCAAGCAAUGAGCUUGGCUUUCUGGUACAGCAGGAGCAAGGACUUGGAUGUUGCCAUUGCCCAGACCGCAGCCUGCAUGCCACUCAGGGCUCACUAUGUGCCCAUGAUUGCUCAAUGGGUAGCAAAGUAUGGUGGAGGUGAGGAGUUCCCUUUGGUGAAGCUUGCAGAGUCCAUCAGUGACUGGUUUGCAUUAACUUAA